AUGUUCCCAAACAAGAAAACCACGGAACGGUGUCUCAUCGACGAAUUCCGCAGCUUCUUCGUCUCAAUAGGAGGCGUCCCGAUCAAAAUCUGGUCCGACAACAGCCUAUUCCCCGCGGUCGAGCUCCAGGACUUCCUGCGUGAUUGGAACGUCGGAUGGGGGUCAUCAUCGCCGCAUUACCCGCAAUCCAACGGCAGAGCCGAAGCAGGGAUCAAGGCCAUUAAAGCUCUCGUUGCCAGAUCACGAACGGGCGGCGCAUUCGACCAAAACAAAAUGGCCAAAGCGCUCCUCCUCUACCGGAAUGCACCGCGCAUGGGCCUCCAGUCGCCCCCUCAACUAAUCUUCAACCGACCCAUCCGCGACGGAUUACCGGCACACAGGAGAUCUUUCGUGUCGGAAUGGCAAAAGGAAGCCAGGGAGAUUGAGCAGAGGCAGCACAAGAUGUUGGAAAAGUCAACAACGCACUACAACCGUGACGCGAAGGACUUGCCAGAGCUAAGCGUAGGCGAUCACGUACUCAUCCAAAAUCCGGAUUCCAAUCGAUGGGUUACACCCGGAGUGGUAGUGGAAACUGGCCCAAACUGGGACUACAUGGUCAAAACACCAUUUGGCCGAAUUUUCCUGCGGAAUCGCCGAAUGCUCCGCAAAAGGACGGUGGUAAUGCCGGGAACGAUUUCACCAGCCGAAAACGCGUCAACAGCAGCGGCGGAACCAAUUCAACCAGCCCCCGCCACUGAAAGAGCAGCACUUAUCACCACAGCACAGCCGGAGAAAAGAAUAGACGGGCAGCAGGGCCAGAAAGUUGAAGUUGGACGCGGCCGAGAACGCGGCCGGAUCCCGCCCACGCGCCAGUCAAUCCGCAUUACCUUGCCUAGCAACCGAUACCCGGCGGAAGAGUGGAAUGCAUAA